CGCCGGACCCCACUCGAUUUCCACUUCUUCUUCCUCCUCCCACCAGCAAGCAACUUCUUCCUUCUUUUUGUCCUUGUCUUGUCUUGUCCCCCUUUUUCUUGAUAUCAGGAUCACGAUCGAGACAACGCAACGCAACGCAACGCAAAAUGGCCACCACUCAACGCAAGCCGAAACCCCUCCCCUUCUACUGCCAGUUCUCAGCAGGAGCCCUAGCUGGCGUCACGGAGCUGUUAUGCCUCUACCCUCUCGACGUGGUCAAGACGCGCAUGCAGCUCCAAGGAGCCAACGUAGCGCCCGCGGAUCGCUAUAAUGGCAUGGUGGACUGUUUCAAGAAGAUUGUAGCGAGCGAAGGCCCCGGUCGUCUCUAUCGCGGCAUCGUCCCACCCUUGAUGCUUGAAGCGCCCAAACGUGCCGUCAAGUUUGCAGCCAACGACUUUUGGGCAAAGACGUAUCGCUCCGCUUUUGGAACAGAUCAGAUGACCCAAGGCCUCUCCGUCCUCACGGGCUGUUCAGCUGGAGCAACCGAGUCCUUUGUCGUUGUUCCGUUCGAGCUGGUCAAGAUCCGACUCCAGGAUAAGGCUCAGGCUCACCUGUACAAGGGGCCCAUGGAUGUUGUGGCCAAGAUCGUCAAGACUGACGGGUUGCUGGGGCUGUACGCUGGGAUGGAGAGUACAUUCUGGAGGCAUGUGCUGUGGAACGGAGGCUACUUCGGCUGUAUCCACCAGGUGCGCUCACUCAUGCCCAAGGCAAAUGGCAAGGGCGAAGAGCUCCGCAACAAUUUCAUCUCGGGCGCCAUCGGUGGAUUCGUGGGGACGGCACUCAAUACUCCUGCGGACCUGGUCAAGUCGAGAAUUCAGAAUACACCGCGCGUACCCGGCGUGGUGCCAAAGUACAACUGGACGUUCCCGUCUAUGCUGACCAUCGCACGCGAAGAGGGGGCGGCAGCGCUUUACAAGGGCUUCACGCCAAAGGUGCUUCGAUUGGCCCCGGGAGGUGGUGUACUGUUGCUCGUGGUCGAGGUCGUCCUCGAGCAGUGGAGACGGGUACUGGGAGGGGAGUACGCGGCGUGAGCCCUGCGGGGGAACUGCGGGGGAACUGGAUGGGAUUCGAGUCGUACGUCAAGGACUUGGACUGAGGAUCAUUCUCGCAAGCACACGCACACACGCACACGCACACGCUAUUCGCACGCAAUGAUAGACACAAUGCUUUGCACCGUACCUUACCGUAGUGGUGUAACUCUCGCGCCGUCGUAGAUCGCGAUAUUAGAUGGGAAGAACCCGUAAUGUAGAGACGUCAACCA